AGCAACCUCAGCAAGAGGUGGGUUUUCCAUGCUAACAUCCAGCAUGGCGGCCCACCUGCGGUGGCUCAGCGAGGGGGCCAACAUAUCCAUCUUCGAGCGCAGCGGCUAUGUGUCCUUCGCCAACUGCGCUCUGCCCGAUUCCAGGAAUCGACCGCGAGGGCCAGGACGCUUCGGCCAUCGAGUCUUGGAUUGCCGCCAAACAUCCCCAGAAGGUUGUGGCCUGUGGAGGAGGUUUCCUCGUGGCAUGGACGUGCGCGUGGUGGAAGCAAUGGAUCAAGUCAUGGCUCCCUUAGAUGCAGAGAUGGCUGAGUGUUUGCAUGACCUCAAGGCCAAGAGCAUCCACAUCCGACCCAGUUGCCUUUCACUCAGGCGGCUCCAUCGCACCCGAGGCGCUUCUGAAGUCGGGCACCCAAGGUGCAGAUUUGGUGAUUCUGACGAUGGGCGAUGCCGUUGAGGUCCGCAAUGCUGUCUGGCGUGGCCCUAGGCGGCCCUGCCAACCGACAGGGCCGCAUUUGCGCCGCCCGCAUCGCCAAGAUCCCACAGCCGCAAGUACCGCGGGACCAUCGGAUCCUCAGUGCUCAAAGUUUUCGAGCUGACUGUAGCCAGCGUGGGAGUGAAUGAGAAGCACCUCCGAAGCAUCGGCUUCCUUUCCAAGGCCACUUACCUGCAUCCCAACCAGCAUGCUGGCUACUACCCCAACGCCCGAUGCACUUGAAACUCCUCCUCAACGUUUCGGGGAAGAUCUACGGUGCGGCCGUAGGACGGUGUGGAGAAGCGGAUCGACGUCAGCGUGGCCAUGCACUACGACAUGCCACGGGUGCCUUUGGGCGAACUCCGGGAGGCCCUCCCCAAGCUGAUGGCAUCCGAGGGGGUGUGAUGGUUCAUUCAAAAAUGCUCGGGACCCUUUCGAAGGAGCCACUUUGCAAAGGGAAACUUUCUGUUUAACCAAAAAGUGGUUUAAAGAUGGCAUUUCCACGUCCCAAUGGAGGUAACACCCGAGAUGGACCUCCUGCAAGGCGGGGAAUCGCGCGCACAUGGCCGCCUGCAUGUCCCGGCAGAUGGGCUUGAAGGCCAAAAUUUUGACUAGCUCCAUUUAGACAGCGCAGAUGUGCAAGGCUCCAUAAAGCAACGGAGCCCGCAAGGCGGCAUCUUCAUCACCUCAGAUCAGGCAACGCUCUCCGUCCGCGAAAACAUGGUGGGAGAGAGGAAUCGCCUGAGUUUUUUUUCAAGUCCCCAGUCUUCCGACACAGAUCGGGAGAGGCUUUGGGAAAUGUGUUGGCCUGUGACGGCACAGUCUGUCCAGGUAAAUUCGUGGUGGAGCCGGAUCCUGGCUUGCUACUCGAUUAGCACUCUGCAGAGGAC